UAAUGUCGUAUACUCCUUUAAGAAAGUAGAAAAUUUACAAGAAAAACGAAAACAACUUUUUCAAAGUCGUGAAAGCCGUACUAUCAAGGUAUUCAAUAUACCGUUAUAUAUGGAAAAUUAUAAUUUAAAGGCUGUUUUUAGUCGAUAUAGAGAAUUAGAAGAAGAUGGCAUUACUACACGACUUAAAGGUAUAUACAGACAAGCUUUUAUAACCUACAAAGACGAACUUAGCAUACAACCUUUUUAUGCUCAAUGGAGUGUAUGGGCGUUAAAAGAAUGUCUCUCAGUGGUACCUGUUUUGCUAUCUGAAGAUAAAAAAUCUGAAAGGUUCCAAUUUGCAGCAAAAAUCAAUGGUUUACCGUUCAAUACUUGUGCACGUGAUUUACAACCAUUGGUUACUGAAACCAGCGCUGCGUCUAUCUUUAUUCCACGCAACCCCGUGACAUAUAAACCUAUGAAAUAUGCUUUUGUAUAUUUUCGAAAUGAUAAAGAUUUUAGUAUUGCAACCAAUAAUGUAUAUGAAUAUGAAGGUCAACAACUAGAAUGGUCCCCGUUAGAUACCAAAUCUUGUCAUAGAUGCGGAUAUACGGGACAUGUAGCGAAGGAAUGUCAAACGGAAUUACGACAACGUUCAAAUAAAUUAAAUCGUAAUCAACUGCUCCAACAGUUUAAAAAUCGUAAUAAAUCUAAAUUCAAUUCAUACGCCGAUGCUACUAAGGGAAAUAGAUAUCCUAAUAAUCGACAACGACAUUGGAAUCAAAAUAAUAUUAUCAACCGACAACGUAAUAAAAAUACUUAUACCUUUAG